UUCUGCUGGUAAUAAAAAUGGCGUCCCCCUUGCAAAUGUCAUGUUGAUGUCGUUGUUGCUGUCUGUGGAAUCAUAGCAUAAUAUCUCGUACAACAGAUACAUUUCCGAGCUUUUAUACCAAGAUUAAACACAAGGAUGGUCCAUCUGUCGUCGUUAUUACUCAAAAAGUACCACGGAGGCCAUGUGGUUAUCCGCCUGGCCCUUGGCGGUGCCACCAACAGACCGUUUUACCGCAUAGUGGCUGCGUACAACAAAAGGGCACGAGAUGGCAAGUACAUCGAGCAGCUAGGGUCAUACGACCCUCUCCCAAACAUCUACAACGAGAAACUUGUCAGCUUCAACUAUGACAGGAUAAAGUACUGGAUGGGGUGUGGAGCUCAUCCUACUAAACCUGUGGCCAAGCUUUUGGGACUGGCUGGAUAUUUCCCACUGCAUCCUAUGACGAUAACGCAGGCGGAACGGCAGAAAGCAGCAGCAGCUUUGAAAGAGGGAACAACAACUGACGAAGAAGAUGAAGAAAAGCAGGCAGAACAGUAACGUUUUCACAAAAUGCCUAAAACGGUAUCAACGUUUAAAAGAAUCCUGCUUUCACUCAUUUGACAUGACAAGAGACUGGCAGCGGUGACUCUUUCUGAUUGCCUAUUUUUUUUAUUAUUAUUAUUAUUCCAGUUAAAACAGUUAUUUACAUUUAGUUCUGAAAAAUCUCAAUAACAUGGAAAAACAUUAUUAAAAAAUUAAACAUUU